AUGGCGGCACCGGGUCCGGAAAGUAGUCGCACCGCCCAGCGCGAGGAGCCGGCCCGCUCCGCAGAGUCCUCGGACACUGUCCGGACGCCAGUGCCCAUCGUGUCCACCGUGUCCCCCGAGUUACCCGUCUCGCCAGGACAGGGCGUGGAGCCUCCGGGCAAGAACCUGUGGGAGCAGAUCUGCGAGGAGUAUGAAGCUGAGCUGCCUCCCUUUCCAGAGGGAUAUAAAGUCAAACAAGAAGCUAUGAUUACUGUUUCACCAUUAGAGGAAAUGGUUCUCCAUGGCUUCAAUACAGAAUACCUUUAUUCAGUUCCUCAUUUGAUCAUGGACUUGCAUUUACCCUGUCCUCAAGUUAAGUUGGAAACAGUCGAUCCAAAAACAUGUUCCCCCAAGGAAUAUUUGGAAACAUUCAUCUUUCCAGUUCUGCUUCCUGGAAUGGCUAGCCUGCUUCACCAAGCAAAGAAAGAAAAAUGUUUUGAGAGAAAAAGAACCAAAUUCAUUGCCUGUGAUUUUCUGACCGAGUGGUUAUACAAUCAAAAUCCAAAGAGGAUAAGGGAGGCUUUCACAGAAUUCUUCUCCAUUCCGUUUGUGGACCAGUGGCUGAAGCAUCAUCCCCGGCCGCCGAUCCCACUCUCCCUCCUGCUGACAGAAGAAGAGGCAGCUCUGUGCAUUCAAUCCUUCUGGAGAGCCUAUCUGGUUCGGUGUGAUCCUGAGAUUCAAGAGUUGCGUCAGUGGCAGAAGAAACUGCGUGAAGACAAGCACAUUCGCGAGCGAGUCAAGAUUUUCUGGGCCAAACAAGAACAGAAAGGUAAAAAAGCCAGUGCUAAACACUGUCCUGGAACCGUGGUCAGCCAAGAAGAAGUCGGUACAGUGCAGUGGGCAGUUUCUCCCAACUGUGCGGUGUUCUCAGCCCGGCCACUGACGGGAACAGGAGAGAAGGAGGGUGACCGAGGGGAGGAAACUCCCUUCCGGAACUGGCUGCGCACCAGCCUGCUGAGGGGGACAAGGACGGUGCAGGGGCAUGGAGGCAUCUGUCUGUUGGUGUUGGAGGCCAACCAUGAUGAUAUCUCUAAACUAAAAUGGAAACCAGGUUCUUUCCUUCAGUCAUCGCUACCUGCUUCUCCCCUGCUGCCUCCGCCCUGGCUCCCUCCUUUUACCCACCUGCAGACCUACGUGCACAAGGCUCUGUUCUGCCAAGACGAGGAAGAAAACCACUGA